UUCUCUCUUCCUUUCGUUCUCGAAUCCACCAAUUUUACCUUUUUUUUCUCCUUCCUUCUAUCAUUCUACUCUCCCCACCCCCGAACCUUCUAGAAGCAUCAAAACCUCUCUCUCUCUCUCUUUCUCUCUCUCGCCGUUAGCCGUUAGCCGUCUGCUCGGUUCCUACCGGCCGGUAAUGUUUUGGUUGAUACUGCUUAAUUAGGUUGCGUGGCGUAGCUGCGCGAUAUCGUUCGUUUGUUUGGUUGGUGAGAACUUUCUGAUCUCUCACUUUGUUCGCCGAAGAAAGAUAUCCGUUUUUUCCAGAUUAAGCCAACACGGCAAGUAGGGGCCUCUCUAGAAGGUUCGAGCGUUUUGGCCUCGGAUCCGAAAUCGAAGGUCAUGGCACCAUUGCCGGUCGAACAGACUGGCGAUUCCGGACCGGUGCAGGGAUCGGGAGAGUCACAGAGAUCUCUGCCUACUCCAUUCCUGAUCAAGACCUUCCAACUGGUGGACGACCCCGCCGUGGACGACCUCAUUUCCUGGAACGAAGACGGAUCCACCUUCAUAGUAUGGCGCCCCGCUGAGUUCGCCCGUGAUUUGCUACCCAAGUACUUUAAGCACAACAACUUCUCCAGCUUCGUUCGCCAACUCAACACUUACGGAUUUCGGAAAGUUGUCCCGGACAGAUGGGAAUUCGCAAAUGAUUGUUUCAAGAAAGGCGAAAAAGGGCUCCUCCGGGACAUUCAGCGCCGAAAGAUCUCUCCUUCGACGGUUGCUGUUGCUGCUGCUGCUUCGGCGGCGGUGACGGUGACCGUGGCAGCAGUUCCAGCAGUGGCGCGUACAGUGUCGCCUUCAAAUUCCGCCGACGAGCAAGUGAUCUCCUCGAAUUCGUCACCGGCGGCCCACGCCCCUGCGGCGUUGUUGCAACGUAGCUCGAGCUUCGCCACCACGCCGGAGCUCCUGGAAGAGAAUGAGCAACUGAGGAAGGAGAACUCGCAGCUAAGUCACGAGCUUACUCAGCUGAGGGGCCUGUGCAAUAACAUAUUCUCUAUGAUGGCGAACUAUGCAUCCGGUCAAUCGGACGGUGGUGGUGCUUCCAUACCGGAGGGGAAGCCCCUAGAGCUUAUGCCGGCGAAGCAGGUUACAGUAACGGGGGAAACGGCGUUGUGCAGUGGUGCCCACAAAGCGGACGAGGAGGUGGGAACGAUGCCGAGGCUGUUUGGGGUUUCAAUCGGUGUAAAGCGUGCGAGGAACGAGGGGGCAGAGGAGGAGGACGAGGACGAGGACGAGGACGACGAUGAUCAAGAGCAGGAAGAGAGGGAAGGGCAGAAUCGAGAAAUUUCGCAGGAGAAAGAGUCAGGGUCAGACGUGAAAUCAGAGCCGUUGGAUGGGAAUUCUGAGCAUAAGGAAGCCCCGUGGUUGGAACUUGGAAAAUGAGGAGAAGAGAUAAGGUGAGCUGUGAUCUUGAUUUCGACGAUAGGGCUCACGUGACUAAAACCAAAGAUUAUGUUGGCCGAUGUUGGUGGUGUUGAAGUUGUAACUGCGUGAAAUAGAUUUUACGUAAGAACUAAAGAAAGAAGCAACGACCGAGCCAGCAGACAAGCUGUAGUUGCUUCUGGUAAUGUGUGAAAUAUGCGGAGCAAAGUCUCAGCGGCCAGUUUGAAGUUUGAUCCGCGGAUGGUUGAACAGCCAACUUAAAAAGCAUGAGGGAGUGAGGGAGGAGAUCUGUUGGUCAUUUAAAAAAAAAAAGAAGAUGAUCUGAAAAGGCGGUAAAAGAACUAUAACAAGUGCACUAAGAAGUACAAAUUUUUUUUUUUUUUUUUUUUAGUUGUUGGGGCCUAUUUGGUUCAAGCUUGUUGGGUGUUGCCGGUACUGAAAGAGAAGGCGUACCGGCCAACAGGUUGUUUAAAAGCAGUGUUCCACAUGCGAAUGUAAUGUUAUCGAGUACUGCAGACUCCAAACAUUGGAUAGGACUCGUGGUGGUACUUUCUUAGAUGUGUAAUAAUUUACUGCUUA